AUGGCUGCAGCCCUGUUUUUGAUCGAGAGUUAUCUCUACGAUUUUACCGAGCGUAUCAUGUCGCAGAGGUAUGCUAAGGCCUAUAGGUCGUUCCCUAUUCCUACUCCAGAAGAGCGCCUUCACAAUGUGUCCGACGUCUCGCUGAUCGUGCCCGCUAUCAACUGGGACGAGUCAUUUACCGACUGUAUCGCCACGUGGCUCUCUAACAACCCCCUGGAGAUCACCAUCGUCACCAUCGAGAGCCACGCAGCUGCUGCUCGUGCCCUCGUCGCCGCUGAUGCAAUCACAAGUGCGACCAUCGACACUACGAUCCAAGUUCUGGUUCUUGACCACGCCAACAAGCGAGACCAGCUAGUUUUGGCUAUCAAUGCCGCCCAGGCCCCCUUCCAACAGACAGACGUCGGUAUCGUCGGCGGGCCUAUCGCAUCGCACGUCCCCGAGGAACGCCAAGACCCCGCCGUGAUCACCCCAUGGGAAGUUGCGGCCCUGCGCAUCCGACAACGCCGAGGAACCGCCAUGCACACCUUCUUCGCCGCCGACGGCUCCACAAACUUCACGCUUCCAGGCUGUACGAUGCUUCUCCGUGCCGAGAUCCUCAAGGACGCCGUGUUGCAGAGGGAGUUCACCAACGACAACUGGAUGGGCGUCCGACAGGACACGGGCGACGAUAGCUUUAUCACCAGCUACGUCCUUUUCCAGCACCUGCUGCAUCAUCAUGGCGAGGAGAACCCCAGGCAGUGGAAGCUCGGAAUGCAACUAAUCCCCGAGGCCGGGGUCCACACGGGUAUCGCGACCAACUCUACUAAGUUCGCGUCGCAGAUGAAGCGGUGGAGUAGAUCAGGGCUCAGGUUCCGCCUGACGUGUCUGUUCUACACGCUCGGGCUUCGGCUCUUCUGGAAGUCCUACCCCUACAUGGUGCGAAAAAUGGCCGAAGGGAUGAUGACUCCCGUACUGACUGUUCUCUGGUUCACCGCAUGGUUCAUAACCCUUCGCAACCACCCCAUUUUCGCGUGCCUUGUCGCUUUACGAGAACUGGGACUCAAGGGCCAAUGUAGAUAA